UCAUUCAACAAUAAUUUCUUCCAUAAAAUCUCUCAAAAAUCUUAUUCUUCUUUUAACCAACAAAACAAACAAUAUGUCUUCGAACAAGAUUGUGUUGACUAGCUCCGAUGAUGAAUCUUUCGAGGUUGACGAAGCGGUGGCUCGUAAACUGCAGAUCAUAGCGCACAUGAUCGAUGACGACUGCGCCGAUAAAGCAAUCCCGCUUCAAAACGUCACUGGAAAGAUCCUCGCUGUGGUUAUCGAGUAUUGCAAGAAACACGUUAAUGAUGUUGAUGAUAGUGAUGAUGUUGAAGCAAUAAGCGAAAAUGUAGACGAGGAAGCCAAGAAAGAGCUCGUGACUUGGGACGCAGAGUUCAUGAAGAAUAUUGAUAUGGAAACAAUGUUCCAACUCCUUCUCGCUGCUAACUAUCUCAACGUCAAAAGUCUUCUUGAUCUCACUAGCCAGACCGUUGCAGAUUACAUCAAAGAUAUGACGCCACAGGAAGUUCGAGAACUCUUUAACAUUGAGAACGAUUUCACACCUGAGGAAGAAGAAGAGAUUCGCAAGGAGAACGAAUGGGCUUUUGAGGAUCUAAAUUAAAACCCUAAAGUUCCGUUUUCUAAGUGUUGAUCUCUCGAUGUUCUUUAAUCUUUGUUGAUGACUUUUGUCUCUUUCUUUAAGUGUGUGAUUGCCUUCGUCUCUUUGAUUUCAUGGGUUGUGGUUUCCUUAUGAAUUUCAUGGUGUUAUAAUGUUUAAUAUUAAUCUUUACUUAGAUAUAAUAAGCCAAUGUUUUUUGC